GCUGGCAUCUGGCACGAUGCUGAGCCGGAGUCGCCGUCUGUUUGUCUUCCUGGCUGCCGCGGCCACCUGCGCUGUGGCGCAGCACGCGCCGCCGUGGACAGAAGACUGCAGAAAAUCAACCUAUCCUCCUUCUGGACCAACCUAUAGGGGUCCAGUUCCUUGGUACACCAUAAAUCUUGAUUUACCACCCUACAAAAGAUGGCAUGAGUUGAUGGCUGACAAGGCACCAUCGCUAAGGAUUAUAGUGAAUUCCCUGAAAGAGGUAGUAAAUGCAUUUGUGCCAAGUGGAAAAGUUAUGCAGAUAGUAGAUCAAAAACUGCCUGGUCUACUUGGCAACCUUCCUAGCCCUUAUGAAGAGGAACUGAAAGGGAUUGCAGCUGUUACUGAAAUACCUUUAGGUGAGAUUAUAGCAUACAAUAUUUUCUACGAAUUUUUUACUCUUUGUACUUCAAUAAUAACAGAAGACAAAGAAGGUCAUCUACUACAUGGUAGAAACAUGGAUUUUGGAAUAUUUCUUGGGUGGAAUAUAAAUAAUAACACCUGGGUCGUAACUGAGCAACUCAAACCUUUAACAGUGAAUUUGGACUUCCAAAGAAACAAUAGAACUGUCUUCAAGGCUUCAAGCUUUGCUGGCUAUGUGGGCACUUUAACAGGAUUUAAACCAGGACUGUUCAGUCUUACACUAAAUGAACGUUUCUCUAUGAAUGGUGGUUAUAUGGGUAUCCUAGAAUGGAUUUUGGGGAAGAAAGAUGCCAUGUGGAUAGGGUUUAUCACUAGAUCAGUUUUGGAAAAUAGUACGAGUUAUGAAGAAGCUAAGAGUAUAUUGACCAAAACUAAGACACUGGCCCCAGCAUACUUUAUCCUGGGAGGCAACCAAUCUGGAGAGGGUUGUGUGAUUACAAGAGACAGAAAAGUAUCUUUGGAUGUAUAUGAACUCAAUCCUAAACAGAGCAGAUGGUAUGUGGUACAAACAAAUUAUGACCGUUGGAGAAAACCGUUCUUCCUUGAUGAUCGUAGAACAGCUGCAAAGAUAUGUCUGAACCAGACAACCCAAGAGAAAAUUUCAUUUGCAACCAUAUAUGAUGUCCUGUCAACAAAACCAGUCCUCAAUAAGCUGACUGUAUUCACAGCCUUGAUAGAUGUUACCAAAGGUCAAUUAGAAACGUACCUACGGGAUUGCCCGGACCCUUGUAUAGGUUGGUGAGCAUCUGGCCUACAGGAUGUGCUCUG